CUUUUUGGUGUCUUAACUUUAAUUAAUCAAAUUAAAUAGUAGAUACAAGAAAUAAUUUAUAAUAAUAGUAAUGACAAGAAUGAUUAAUUGAACCCAAAGUAUCAGGAAAACCAAUCACAGCUUAAGGAUCUAAAGGCCGUUUAAAUUAUUAUAUGCAAAUAUAUUCAAUUAAAAUUCGAAACGCUCUUGCUUCUUUUAAAUCUCUACUAAGUCUCAGUGUUUAAAUAUCUUCUCUAAGAGCUGUCAAUAUUGUUUUUAUGAGUUUAUUGAUUUCUCAGCUUAGUCUCAUUUCUGUAAGCAAAUUAUAUACCUACAAAUCUAGAAAGCAAACGCAACAUUUUUCACAACUUUUCUCGUACUUAUGUGUCGUAUUGGAAAGUUCCGCAAAUUGGAUAUUUAUGUCCAUUGCCAGGUCAAUGAAGCUUAAAUGAAACAACUGCAAUUUUUAGUGGCACAUUCGAUUAGAAUACUCGAGCGACGACAAGUUAAUUCCAGGUCUAGGCAGAAGGUUUCCAGGUCAGUCAAAGCCUGACAAUAAAAUUCAGUUUCGAAUUCAACAGUUUUGUGACAUUGUGAUUUACUGGGUCUUGGAUACACCCCUUGGUAGUGGGAGUCUGCUGACCAUGACCGUCAGAGGCAAAGUGGAAACAUUCGUUGACCGUUAAGCAUUUAAUUCUGCACGCAGUGCGUAGGCACUGUGCUCUACCUAAUCACAGGUUGCAUGCCCCACAGAGGUUUCCAUUGCGGCGGCCAUAAAAAGUCACAAUCGAUCGCUACAGCAGCCGCAGUUUCAUUUCAAACCUUGACGCGAUCGCAACGAAAUGCAAGUGAAAUAUAGUUUGAACUUAAUCGCAGUGUGCUUGUUGUUGCCACUUGUGGCAUCUCAAACGGAUACGCGUAUCUCAUGGAUAUCCCAGUUGAAGCAGCUGCGUCAUCAGCUUCACGAUUGCCUCCAAUCCGGAGGUGGAACGGGUUUGUGGUCCUGUUUCCGCACUCGCAGUCUGCAAAUCUUCGAGAAUAUCAUGACUUCGGAUGUGAUACCGCUCUAUGAGGGAGUGCGUCUAAUGGCUGCCCCAAAUGCCACAAGUGGUCAAGUGAGGCAAGCUGCCGAUGAGCGUAAGGAUCUUAAACAUCUCACCUGGUUCGAUCAAUUGGCCGGCAGCUUAGCCAAGGGAUUAACUACACACACUUUACAAAUUAACUUGGUAAAGCUGACAGAGCGGUAUCUAGAUGCACCUGAAAGUCAAAAGGAUUCUGCGGGCAGUGCUCGAGUUCGAAGGCAUCGUUUCAACAUGAUUAUCACAAUGAUGUUUGGAGUCACAGCUCUGGGCGCAGUUCUCGUUCCCAUGGGCUUUCAAAUGCUAUCCAUAGUCAGCGGUAAGGCUUUGCUGUUGGCUAAGAUGGCCUUACUUUUGGCAUCCAUUAAUGGCCUAAAGCGGGUGGCAAAUUCUGGACUUCAUUAUGGCCUUUACCAUGUGCCUGGCGAGCAUCUGGGUGGAUAUUACGAUCGUGGCGACCUCAAUCAUCCCCGCAAUGUGCCUAUACCCGUGGCCGUGGCGCCUUCACUUGACAUGGGCUUAAAAUAAGUUUAAGAACUAAAGUCAAUAU